GCGCCCCGCCGCCGCCGCUGCCAUGGGCUGCCUCGGAAACAGUAAGACCGAGGACCAGCGCAACGAGGAGAAGGCGCAGCGCGAGGCCAACAAAAAGAUCGAGAAGCAGCUGCAGAAGGACAAGCAGGUCUACCGGGCCACGCACCGCCUGCUGCUGCUGGGUGCUGGAGAAUCUGGUAAAAGCACCAUCGUGAAGCAAAUGAGGAUCCUGCAUGUUAAUGGGUUUAAUGGAGAACAAUAUUACCCCUAGAUGAUGGCUUCAAUUUCUCAUCUUCCCGGCUAUGUCCCAUCACACUUUGCAUGCUGGAAUUGCCCGUCUUAGGAACUUCUAAUAAGAAUACUAUUCUGUUGGGGAGGGGGGAGGGGGCCCUACCACCUAACCUCUAA